AUGAACAAAGAUUCCCACCUUCUCCCCAGCACCAACGGAUCAUAUGUGAUUGUUUGUCUAACCGAUGUACAAGAAUAUCCCACGGAAGUUGAAAGUCUGGAUAAUCGCGUGAAAUGGGUGCGAAACGUCACAAGCUCCUCGCCCCAUGUCUGUGGCAAUCAGCUCAUUAUCAAAGACCUCUGUGUUACCAGAUACAACGACAUUCUGUGCAUGGAUUCUACUCGAGUACGUCUAAAAGCUCGAAGAGAUUAUGAUGAUUACAUCCAUGCUAGUUGGAUUACAAUGCCUGAUAAUCAGAAAUACAUCUGCACGCAGGGACCCAUAGCGGACACCGUUGAAGACUUCUGGCACAUGGUAUUCACGGAGAAAAGUAAUGUUAUUGUGAUGCUGUGUAAUUUCGUAGAAGGUGAGGUGAUACCAAUAAAGUUAACUGGUAGAGCAGUUGAAGGUCAUACACUUUUAGGCAACCAUGAAAAGUGCUUUCCGUAUUUCUGUGGGGAUGUCGAUGUUCCAGCUACUUACGGUAGACUAUACACCAUAACCACGGUGCAAUGCUAUGAGCCCGAUCCAUCAGGAUUCAUUGUCCAUAAGCUGUUAAAGGUUGAAGUUCUUACCUUUUGGCAAGAUGUCAUAUCUAAUUUUUUUUUACGAGAUCAAGCUUUUUUUCAAGCAAAAUUUAGCGGCGUCUCCACAAAAGUACAUCAUCUCGCCUAUGGUGGUUGGCCAGAUCACAUUGCCCCAUCGACGCCGUUACCCACCGUCGUUCUCCUAAAACUGGCAAGAAUACUUUGUGGUGGGAAUCCCAUUACAGUCCACUGUUCGGCUGGUAUUGGUAGAACAGCAACGUUCGUAGGAAUCGACUACGCCGUUCAAAAAAUCAUUAAAAAUGCCAACACUUCAAUGAUAGACGUGCUGAAAGAUUUGAGGAACCAGCGUCUUCAUGCUAUACAAUCAGCUAUACAGUAUACCUUCCUUCAUGUUUGUAUUAUUGAAGUAUUCAUCGAGGUGAGUUUAUGGCCAUUGAAGCCUAUGCCAAUAAGUGUAUUGAUCCCGUACAAUUGA